UUAUUUCCCGUGUGUACGAAUCGAAAUAGAUUAUUCCGACAACUCACUCACAAAUUUUCGCUUGACAGUUGACGUUGGCAAGCUUGAAAGAAAUAAUUAUUUCACGGCAUUUCGGGAAGAAAACAAUUGAAUGUGCAAGUGUACCCAGAGUGUACUUAGAAGUGUGCGCCAGUGCAUGUGACUAUAAUUGUGCCACUAAUGUGGUAUGGUGGUACGAAUGGUACUAUUAGAAUUAUCAUCGAUGUCAACUGUGUGAAGCGUGUUUUGUGAGAAAUAACAUCCUGAUUGCUCAGUCAUUUUCUGGGUCUCGUUGAAGUUUGUCAGGUUAAAUCAAAUCAAUCAUGGAAAAAGAAAUAUUCGUUACCGAACCCGGGUUUUGCCCGUGUUGUGGUGCUAUUUUACCGGACCUCAAACUAAGUGGUGGUGUUACAUGUUAUACCUGUGCCAAACCGUAUGGACCAGAAGUUUUUGGAAGAAUGGAAAUGAAGUACACAAUUCAUUUUAAUUCUCCAUCCGCCAGUAGUGUAAAUACAAAAAAGAAAUCAGCUGAACCAGAUGGGCCUACUGUGGAUCGAAAAUGUCCUGUUUGUAAUAAUGACAAAAUGUCAUAUGCAACACUACAACUUCGUUCUGCAGAUGAAGGGCAAACAGUAUUUUACACAUGUACAAAAUGCAAGUACAAAGAGACUGAAAAUUCUUGAAAAUUAUUGCUUAAAAUGAUUACAGCAAGUUAUAAUCAUGACUUAAUAAAUUAAAAUAAAUAAAUAAAUUAAAAAAAAUUAAUCAUCUUCGAUUACUUUUCCUAUAUGGCUUCGAUUCGUAUCUUCUUGGUUUUGUUCGGGACACAGAUGGCCUUGAUGCACUACUUUGCUGAGGAGGAUGUAAACUGCCAGUUGGAGGAUUGUUCACUUCAAAAUCAUUUGAAGAAUUAUGUUCCAUCAUCUUCAAUUUUGCUUCUAUUGCUUGAAUGGUAGUUUCACGACUGCAUAGAAAAAAUAAUUAUCAUAGUUAAUUACUAUUAACAUAACCAUAUUAUAGUACUUAUUAUGAUGCCAUCAAUUUGUAGUGGUUAUAAAACUCUACUGGUGUUAUUAUUCCAUGUCAUACACAAAGAAAUUUGGUAAGGAGUAGUGUUAAGUUAGAUUUAAUUACUAUAUUCUGUACACCUUAAUGUCGCAGUACAUAACAAAAUUUUUACCAAUACUACAUAUGGGGAUGUGACUCGCAUCACUAUUAAAGUCUCUUGACAUGAGUAAUGCAAUACAUUAUACAAUUAAAUAUCUAAAAAAAAUUGCAUGCACCUCAUACUGUGAGAGUACUUGAUGAGUAACAAUGAGUACAUAAAUGACAAAAAGACUUACGUUGGUGAGAAUCUUUGCAAGAAGCAAUUUUGUUUUAUUAACAAAUUUUCUUUAAAAUUUCUGGUCAGUUCACGAUGAUGAUGACUUUUGAGACUAAUGAUUACAAAUGAUCUUUUGCACUUCUUAUUAAUAUUAUCUUCAAAAUUAUGUUCACAUUACAAUUCCUCCAAUUUACUUUCAGUCAAUGUUUUUCCUCUAUUUGUUUCCACUGCUAAAUCACAGAUGUAUUUUAAGGCAUGUUAUAAUAAGGUGGAUUUCACAUUGUACAAUUAAUCUGUACAAAUACAAACAAUCGUGUAUUAU